UACGCUUUCCCUCACCCGCCUGCAGUGGGGUUAAUAAUGCCCAGCAUUAACUAAUAGGAAAUCAAAUCAGAAGAUAUCCAGAACACAAGUAGCUGACGCUCACAGAGCAGUAUUAAGGCGAGCACCCGCAGACCGGACCUGGAUGAUUCCUUGGAGUUCACCUCUAGCGGCCCCCUCCCCUUGGAGCUGCGCAAGCGUACACUGAUUUUGCUCCUCUCUAGGGCCCCCGCCUCCAACAGCCGCCCCCCCGCACCCCCCCGUCUGCCCAACACGCAGGCGCGUCUCCUCAAAUCCUGUCCCUACACCCCUCCUCUUUCUCUUCAUUUCGUUCCCCCUCCUCUUGCAGCACCUCAGCAGGUUCAAACUCCUCUCCGGGAGAGUGGCGGCGAUCGCGGGGUCACGUGAUGAGCAUCCUGCUGCCCAACAUGGCGGAGUUCGACACCAUCUCUGAACUGGAGGAGGAGGAAGAAGAAGCGGCAACGUCGUCGUCGUCGCCGUCGUCGUCGUCGUCUGUAUCUGGGCCCGACGAUGACGAGGAGGAUGAGGAGGAAGAGGGGGAGGAAGAGGAGGAGGAGGAGGAAGAAGAGGAGGAGGAGGAAGAGGAGGAGGAGGCGCCGCCCCCGCCUCGGGUAGUGAGCGAGGAGCAUCUGCGGAGAUAUGCUCCCGACCCUGUAUUAGUGCGGGGUGCCGGCCACAUCACUGUGUUUGGCUUGAGCAACAAGUUUGAUACUGAAUUUCCCUCCGUUCUAACAGGGAAGGUGGCCCCAGAAGAAUUUAAGACCAGCAUUGGCCGUGUGAAUGCAUGUUUGAAAAAGGCUCUCCCGGUCAAUGUGAAAUGGCUGCUGUGUGGUUGUCUCUGCUGCUGUUGCACACUGGGUUGCAGCCUAUGGCCUGUUAUUUGUCUCAACAAAAGAACCAGAAGAUCAAUUCAGAAGUUAAUAGAAUGGGAAAAUAACAGAUUAUAUCACAAGCUUGCUUUGCACUGGAAGUUGACUAAGAGGAAAUGUGAAACUAGCAAUAUGAUGGAGUAUGUAAUACUAAUAGAAUUCUUACCAAAAUAUCCCAUAUUCCGACCUGACUGAGGAGUUUUAUCCAGUCACUUCUGUGUUUCCUGUCAUUUCCUACCCUUAGUGCCUUGUAGAUUUGGAAUGAAGAUGGUCUUCUUUGCUGUGUUCAACUUAUUCUUUAUAAUGGUAGAAUAUUCUCACUCUUUUGUGUUGGUUUAUGAAGAACAUUUGCACAUCUUUUUUGUCGUUAAAUGAGGCUUGUGUUUUGCACUCUCAAUUUUAAAUACACACACAUGCGUGUGUGCAUAUACAUAUAUAGAUAGUUUCCAUUAAAGAUGAAUCAUCAGUGUUGGUGUUUAAAAAACAAAAACUUGUUCUGAGCAUGCUGCCUUAUAAUUUUCAUAUUCAUUGUUUCUAAACUCGCAUCAUUUUUCUAGGCUACUUGAUGCUCUGUAAUCCCUUACUGGACAAACGUAAAUAAGCUUUUGGUAGCUUUUAGAAAUGGUUUUACUCUGCUUUUAAAGGACAUGCAAUUAAUGGCACUGGUUUUGUCCUGCACUUUGCUUUAUCACUUAUGUUAGUGGAUAAAAUACUUAAAUUCCUAAAGACUUGUAAAUAUUGCCUCUUUGCAUAAUGUAAAAUGUGGUAUGCCAUGGUUUACAUAAUGUAAUAUUACUGUUAUUGUAUUGCCAACAAUUUUACGUAAAUUUUAGUAUGAAUGAAGUUUGCAAGCAUCCCUUUGAAUGUAGAGACUGCUAACAUGCUGUUUUAUGGCAAGGCCAUAAUGAGUAUGUUAAGAAUUUCAGGUGUAGGGCAAGGUUGCCCUUUGUAACAAGUGGAUUAAAAUUGAAAUUAUUAUCUCAGAUGUUCUGUAUUGCACCUGAAACCAUGACCUUUAUUUUUCCUUUUCAUUUAAUAAUUUCCAUUUUGUUCUCUACUCCUUCCCACAAAAAAAUUACUUGACAUCUGACACAUUUCACAGUCUCACUAUCCUGCAUUUAUUAGCCUUUUCUUCCUUCGAAAAUACACACAAUUAUGACCUUUAAGGAGUAUUUUGAGAUUUCAGACAUCUUCAGAAGGUAUCUAGACCCUCUUGAAAGCUGUUAAUGCCUUUCUGCAGUUCUGAUAUUCUAGUUUGAGAAAGAGAGAACUAAUUGAGAAGCUGUAGCUAAAGAGUAUAUAGCAGCUGAUUCAUAAUUGAAAAAAAUUAUGUUCUGUUUUUGAAGAUCUUUUAUAAAACAUUAAUGAGGAAAGACAAGUGUUUAGACAAAAUUAUUUUAGUUUAUAAAUUCAGCACAUAUGUAACAUUUAUUUGGUACAUAUGUCUCGUUUUCUUCACAAUUAAAAUGAUUGCUAGCACCACACAACUAGAAUUUGAAAAUUCAGUAUAAUGAAAGCUUUAUAUCACAUUAAUUCAACUGCAAAUGUAUGCCUGUUUGUAGGCAUUAUUUGUAACUCAUAGUGCUAAAAAUAAAAGUGUCUAGGGCUCAAUAAUAUUUUGUCAUCUUUUACUGCUUUUAGUAAACCUUUUAGGCAAGAUUCAUCUCAGUGAAGUGAACAAUCAUUUAUUCAUACAAGGUCAAGCCUUUUUAAGCCACUCUUAAAAUUUAUUCCUAAUUUGAAAUCCAUAGUCCUUGACCAGUUUAAAAAAGAGAGAAAAAGAAGAUACUAUUUGAUAUGUGAUUAUAAUUGUGUGCACAAACACUUUUCCACCUUCCUCUGUGCCCCAUUACCUCUAUGCCACUCAGCCACCCCAAAUCUCUAACCUUUAAUAAUGUGUAUGCCUGCAAAUAUCAUGUGUUUGCCUGCUGCAAAAUUCAAGGUGUAUUUUUAUAGACAAGGUAGAGGCCUCUGAAAAUGUAUACCAAAUGUCUUGUUUUAUAGCUAAGGUCAGGGAAAAAUUGUAUCUGAGGUUUAUGUUCCAGCUAUUGUUAUCAAAUUUUUGCUUCAAACUGUGAUAUUUUAAUACCAAAAUCGAUUUUCAGCAUAAUACAGAAUGUCUCAUUAUCACUGAUAGGAUAAUUGCCUUUAAGUGUUAAUCCUUAGAAGUCUUAUUUUUUUUUUCUGUAACCUUAGAAUUUGAUCAUAUGAUAGUCAUAGGAACUUUUUCUGCCAUGUAUAAAUCACACUUGGUUUUGCUCAAAGAACAUCAGGAAAUGGUGAAUUGUUUCCAUGAAACAAUUAUUGAGAAUGGGAAUAGAGUGUGUCUGGAAAUAACACAGUAUAAUUCAAGUUACAGUAGCAUUUGUCACAAAAACCAUUUGUCAGCAUGUGUAAACUUAAUUUUAAAGCCUAUUCUAAUCACUCAAGUUUGUUAUUUUAUGGUUCGUUAUGCUGGUUGACUCAUCUUAGUUUCUCCAACUACCCAAAAAAAUACCAAUUUUUUUCCUCUCUUGUAUGACUACUUUUUCAAACUGUUUUUCUUUGCAGGGGGCUGAUUAGCAAUUGAGUAUUUUGUAAUGUUUGCGGGGAGUGGUGCUUUGUUUUCAGUGAAAUUGGUUGCAGUGAAUGCUAAAAUGACACAGCACACUGGUGAUUAAUUCCUCCCCCAUGGAGCCUUUUUUCUGUUACGCUUAGGAUAGAACAUACUUGUAAUUUUCCAUUAGGUUAGUAACAUACUUUUGUGAAAGUUGUUUUUAGACUGAAGAAAGUAAUUUUGAAUUUCUUUGUUACAUAAUAUUCCUUUAUGAAACUUGUGAUAGUUUCCAGAGCAAAACAACAUGUAUUUGCCAAAGUAUAUAAAUCUCACAAGGCUUUGAGGUUAGAAGCUAAGAUUGUUUUUUUAAAUCAAUGUUCUAGUGUUUCUCAUUUGGCCCAAGAUUCUGGCUUAAUAAAUUUGACCAACUGCCUAUUUUUAAGCUUGUCCUAAAAGCCAAUAACAUGUUUAUUCCUAAUAACUAAUAUGGACAAGUGUUAUUUACAGAUUUAUUAACUCCAUCCCAGAUAUAUCUCCACUCUUUGUUCCCACUCCUAACACUUAUGCUAAUUUAGGAAAGAGACCACUGUAGUAAAAUUUUAGAAGAAGAUGGAGAAGUGCCUUGUCUUUUUAGAACAAAGAUAACACAUUACGUGUAAGGAAGCAUAAAAAUGAAUUGGUAGAUUAUUAGAUUGGAAAUCAUCCUUUUCAACUAGGUUUAAGAAUAUUUUGCUGGUGUAUUAUCUUUUACUUAUUAUGUAAAGCCUCUUUCCUUCCUUUUCCCCAAUCAUGAUAUAUUAGUGACAAAAUGUUAUAGAACCGGACUAUUACUCACUUAAAAAAACAGUAUAAUUCUAAACAUGUAAUUUAACAUGUAAUUUAAUUUAGUUCUGGAAGGACAGUUGUCUUCGAUUAAAGCCCCACCAAAACCCAUUUAAGUAUUUAAUGUACAUACUAUUCAUAUUAUGGCCUGUAAACACUAAUAUCUGAGCAAUUAAACUCAUCUACCAUUUUGGUGAAAUUUGAAUAAGUUUAAAAACGUGUAAGCCUUUGAACAAAUGUAUGAAAGCUUUAAAAGAUCAUUAGCAUUUUUAUUUUGUUUACAAAUAAGCUUCCAUUAAAAAAAAAUAAAACCUCACUACUUGAACGUUAAGCUCUCAAACAAUAUUGUAUUAAAAUGUACUAUAUUGACCUAGGAGGAUAUAGAAAUUAUGUUCACCUGAUUAACUGGAGCAGUUUCACAUAGUGGAAAUACUUUUUUCCUGAUUUGAUUAUAAGUGCUCAAAUUUAUUGAAAUUAGAUUCUCUUAUGCCUAUAAAAGUAUACUUUAAAAAUAUUUUGCAACAACUGUCAAAUUAUUUGAGUUCCUUUAAAUAGCAAACAGUUGGGAAAUGUUCCACAAAAAAUGCAUAGGUUUUAUUAAUACCUGUUCAUGUAGUAUGUGGACUAAAACAAUUGAUAUUUAUCUGUAUAUAUAAAUGAAUGAUCUUAUCUUGCCCCAAAUUUUUCUUACCUGAUUCUGAGCCAGCCUUUUUGUUUUGAUGGCACCCCGUGAGUAUGUUCCAUUUUCUGUGGACUUUGUCAAAUUCAUACAAUACGAGGAAAUGAUCUAAUAUUGUGGGCACCAGGCAGUUCAUCUUAAUUGCAUGUCUGUCUCUUCUUCUGUAAAAUUAUGGGGUGGAACCUAGAGCUGUACAAAAAAUUAGAGAUCCCUUAACAUUCUGUGAUUCAAAGAAUUCUUAGGACAUUUUUACUCUAUAGAAUCUCAGAAUGAUUACUCUCAGAUCUACUGUUCUUGGUGGAAACUCUCACAGUGCCUUGCAUGCAGUAAAAGUUUGAUUUGCCGACUGGCUGCUGGCUAAUGUGUGUUAAUUAUCACACAGACUCCAAGAACCUGAUGCUUGCUAGACCUUAGUUCCCCGGUGAUGCUAAGAGUAAAUGUAGUUUUCCUAGGAACUGAGCACUGAGGUCUGUGUGCUUUGCCUGUGUAGAAUCUGUCUAUGCAGUUGGUAUUCAGGCAAGAAUUAUAGCUGUAACAACAAUGGAAAUAUUGGAGGACCCACUUUUGCAUUUAUGUAAAGAUUUCGUAUCGUAUCCAACAUUUACUUUAGUGUCUAAUCAAAUUCCAUACCCUCAAAAAGAUCUGUUGGAACAAAUUGAUAAAAUUAGGUGGAAAGGAAAGUGGUAUGGGUCUCAAAUGCAAGUCACUUCUGGUUUAAUUAUUGGCUCUGCUGCUUAAUUCCUCUGUACCUCACGUCCUCAUUGUUGAAGUGGGGACAAUAAUCUGGACCUACCUCACAGGGGAAUUGAGGAUAUUUUCAUAUAUUAGUGUGCUUUGAAGUUGACUGAAAGAUAUACUGGAUAUCAUAAUUAUAUAAUUUCUAAAUAGAUUUCUUUAAAUCCAUGCUGUGUUUUCUUUUUUUUUUUUUUUUUUUUUUUUUUAGAAUUACAAAUUUGCUGUAUUUUAUUGAAUAGCACAUAAUCUUGGGGAGUCAUGCUGUGUUUUCUUUCUCAGUCAGGUCCUACAGAAUGACUGUUGCAGUUGAUCUAUUGUUUUAAUAGUAAAUUUUGUUAUUAAUCCCCUAUGUGUUAAAAGUGGGUAAUUGUAUUAUGUUAAUACAUAUUUAGGGAGGAAAAGCAGGUGGAUAUAAAUCAGUGGUUCCCAACUUCAGCACAUGAUAGCAGUGGAGGGUAUCCUUGAUCUUUUUGUAAUAUUUCAAAAAGUAUAUUAGAAAUUAUACAUUUACCCAUAAUAUUCCUGCUUCACAAGCCAAUUAAGACAUUGAAUUUCCAUGCAUCUUGCCUAUAUUCUCUCAAUUCUGUGUUAUCACUGCUUGCUUAUUAACAACUGAUCAAAAGCUGUGAAUGGCAGUAUGUUUUUGAUUAAUAAUAAAAUAAGCCUAUUAUGUGCAACUUAUUAAAUACUUGGAAACAUGGGGAAAAGAAUAAUGAAGGGAUUCUUAUGGUAAAAAUAUUGGGAACCACUUUUGUAAAGGAACUAAGAUUAUUUGACCCUCUCCACAGAUUGCUUACCUAGUCUCUAAAUAAUGAAAUGCGUGUGUUUGCCUGUUUUGGCUAUAUUAGGCUAUAUAACUCAAGGUGAAAAUUUGCCUUCAGUUUUUUUUUUCUGUUUUAGAAUAUAACUGGCCUAGUUUAUUUAGGUGUGUACAUGUUGCUCAUAUAUACACACACAUAGAGGAUUACAAAUGUGGAAAAUGUUAUAAUGUCAUAUUAUAGCAUUGGACUAAAUAUCAAUUUCUGACUCUUAAAGUAGUUCUGUAUAUAAAUUCAACAUCAUGAAUCAAGGCAAUAAUUUCUCAAAUGUUCUUUUAUUUCUUUGUUUUUAUCUCGACUUUUUUUUUUUUUCCAUUUUUUCUAGUACGCAAAUAGUGUAAAAUUGUUUUAAUGCCUGGACUUUGAAACAAGUAACAAGUGUUUGAAAGUAUAUAAUCUACAAGCGAAUUUGCCCUCCUUGGACUAACCACAUACAAAUAUUAAUCUGGCUGCAAGAACAGGAUAUCCAGGUAACUAGAAAGUGGGCAUUGAUAAAAAUAUCUGGUGGAGAAGCCUAGGAUUUUGACUUCUUGUCAGAGGAUUCCUGUUGGGACAGCUUUACCAGAAAAGAAUAAUACUGGAUAUGGUCGUCCAAACUAAGAACUUUCAUGCAUCUUGCAUUGUUACGUAGCCUGUGGAAUGAAUUCAUUUUUUCUCCCUUGAGUCCAAGAAUGACUUCCCUGGAAAAACUUAAUCUAUAUACAGCUGUGCCAAAAUGAAGGAUACCUGCCUCUCUGAAACUUUCACUGCUGCUUCUGUCAUUGUUCACUUGUCAGAUAAAAUUUUAUUAUCUCAGGAUGCAAACUUAAAAUAAAGUGUAAAUCUAUGUUAAUGAA